AUGAAAACAUGGAUAGAAGAACCGGGCUUUCCACUUGUGAUAGUUAAGGAAGAAAGAAAGUGCUUCAAUAGCGAAUUGACAAUAACUCAAGAAAAAUUUAGUGGUGACACCUGUCAGCAUGAAAAGUCACCAAUGUGGAUUAUACCGAUUGCUAUUUUGGUAUCGACGUGUGUUUGUAAGCCAGUAGACAAAGUGCUCCUGGACGAAUUCAGCAAAAAAAUAACAUUAACAGAUCUAAAAUGCGACGACUACAUUGUAAUAAAUCCACAAUGCAUCGGAUACUACAAAGUGCAGUAUCAGGAAGAGAUGCUGGUGGCUUUUAGGCAAACUCUGAGAUAUCUCAGAUUUCCCCUGAUCGAAAGAUUGGGAGUCAUCAGUGAUGCCUACAGUUUGACAGUCUCUGGGAAAAAGUCGAUGGAACAAUUCCUAGGACUUCUAAGGUACUACACUCACGAAACUAAUUAUUUAUCCCUCAAACACAUCGACAAUUGCAUCAUCGAUGACAUCUACAGAUGCAUCAGUGGUUCAGAAUGCACCAAAGAUUUCGACAAAUUUGUUCAUGAUCUAUUUUCACCAGUAAGGAGGAAAUUGAUCAAAUGGAAUCCAGAUCCUGAAGAAGACAUUUUCAAACCUGCAUUGAGAUCCUUGUUUUAUAUCAGGUUUAUGAAGUUGGGAGAUGGGGUUGCAAGACAAGAAGCACUAUCUAGGCAAGAAAAUCUACAAAUCAAUUCAAAACCCCUCCAUCCAGACAUAUCAGAAAUUUGCUACACAGCCCUUGCCCUAGACACAAAUGUCAACUCGAUGGAAAAGUUGAUAAGAAUUUACAAAAAGACCGAAAAUAACGACGAAAAAUCUCGAAUUUUAUCAUCGAUGGGUAAAGUAACCGAUUCUAAAAUUAUGGACAUGGUUUUGGAAUUUAUGACGAGCGAAGAUGUUCAACCAAAAGAUUUUUUAAUCAUUUUGAAAAAUUUGACUGACACUGAUGCUGGAAGAAAUGCUUCUUGGUGCUAUUUUGUAAAAAAUAGACAAAUGUUUUUGGACAAAUGCCAGGAAGACGUGGUAAGGUUCUUGGUGAAGUUGUCUUUGCCCUAA